GUCGCUCACCGUCGUCUUUCCGCAAACCGAUUCACAAGCCAAAAAAAAAAAGAAAAAAAAAAACUCAAAAAUCAGUGGACGAUGGCGAAGAGAAUCGGGAAAUCUAGGGGAGGAGACUCAAACAUCUUGGGGAGGAUCACCAACUCCGAGAUCGUAUCUCAGGGAAGACGCGCCGCUGGAGACGCCGUGGGAGUGUCGAAGAAAUUGCUGUGGAGCACCGGAAAAGCUGCGUGGAUCGCUGGUACGACGUUUCUGAUCCUUGUUGUUCCGUUGAUCAUCGAGAUGGAUCGUGAAGCUCAGCUCAAUGAGAUAGAUCUUCAACAGGCUAGUCUCCUCGGAGCUCCGGCGCAACCUAUGCAAAGGGGGUUUUAGAAAAAGGCUAUGAACUGUGGGUUCUUUGCUGUUUUGUCUGUUUUUUUUUUUAACUUGUUUUGGUUUUGUCGGAUUCUUAUAACAAUAUGGUGUGAUUUAUUUAAAUUGAUGGUGGUCUUUCUCAUGUUUUUAUGGUGGAGUUAUGUCGCAAUGUCGCGUGUUGUGUAUCUUUGUUUCAUUAAGGUGAAAGAAGAUGUUUUAGGUUCUUUCUUGCUUCAGAGAUAUAUGUAAGAAGAGAACUCAUGUGUAAGAAUAAGAUGAUGUCUUAACCAUUAGUAAAUUUUAAGAUGCA